GUGGGCGUGUGCCGGGUGGGCGCGGGAGGGGCCCGGGGUGCGCGUGCGCGUCGGAGCGCGAGCCGCGGGAGGAGGCGGGAGCUGAGGAGGCGGUGGAGGGGGCGGGUCGCGUCCGGCGCCACGUCCGCAGCCAGAGGCCGCCGUCGCCAACCGUGUCUUCUGGCUCCACAGCCAGAGGAGGCGUCUCCGGAGCCCGCAGCUGCCCCGGGCUGUGCCCGCCGCUCAGGCCUCCUCAGCCCUCCUCGGUGCUGCCCGCUCCUCCGCCCGGCCCCGCCGCUGGCCCCCGACCCAGCGGGAAAUUGGCACUUACUGUUUCAUAAGAAAGUUUUGAAGUGGCUUUGAAGGAGAUCAUGAAUCAGACAGAUAAAAAUCAACAAGAAAUCCCAUCAUACCUUAGUGAUGAACCACCAGAAGGUUCAAUGAAAGAUCACCCACAGCAGCAACCAGGCAUGCUGUCCCGUGUGACUGGGGGUAUCUUCAGUGUUACAAAGGGAGCCGUUGGCGCCACCAUUGGUGGUGUGGCUUGGAUUGGUGGAAAGAGUCUGGAGGUGACCAAAACAGCUGUUACAACUGUGCCUUCCAUGGGAAUAGGGCUGGUGAAAGGGGGCGUGUCUGCUGUGGCUGGAGGUGUUACAGCUGUUGGGUCUGCUGUUGUAAACAAAGUGCCCUUAACAGGAAAGAAGAAAGACAAAUCUGACUAAAACAUGGAGAUACACUUGCUCUCCACAGCAUUAUGAUGCCAGUGGCAUUGAAUUGCUAAAUUAUGGACUACAACCAAGUCACCUGUUUUGGACGUUUAUCUUCUAACUGCUGUGUUGAAAGUAUUGAUGACUGACUGGCUUUUGUUUAAAAAGAAGAGACCAAUACUAGCACAGUGUAUGAAGGUUUCUCGUACUUAAAUUCCAGCUUUUUAUCUGGUAAAAUGUUACACUUAUUCAGUUGUAACUGAAGAUAUGGUAUAUUUGAAUAUUUACUAUAUAAGUCUUUCAGUUUAACUAAAAAUGUGAAAGUUGAAUUUGGUGGAUGAUCUUUACGGUUCCAUAUGUGUAAUGUGCCAGGUAACUCAUCUGCCCCUUAAGAAGGGAACCUUGAACUACAUAAACUGUACCUUUGAUGUGCCUAAUAGUUUCAGAUGUCUUAGUUUUUUUAAUAACCAUAGUAGAUUAGACCAAGAGGCAUUCUUUUCUUAUUUAAGAUGGUAAAAGUAGCAGGAACUAGAGAAGUUUGAAAGAAAAGAUUCAUGGUUUUAUGAGUGUUAACCGUCUUUUGUUAGAUAUGCAUUAUAUUAAUUUAAUCAUUGAUGCCUUACAAAAGAAAGCAUCUUUUCUAAUACCCUGAAUAUGUGCAGUUCUUAGGAUUAUUAUUAUAUAUGCAUUCUUUCAAAAGUUGUUUGUGAAAUUCAUUUUCCCUCAAGAAUCUCAGGAUUAGUGGGCUAAAGGCAUUUCUUGCUCUCAGCAGAUAAGAUAGUGCUUGUUAACUGUCAGUAGUUAUAACCAAAUUGUAUGCUUCAACCUGGGUUCAUGCUCCAACAUUAAUAAACCUCACAGUGCCUAAGGAACA